AUGAUUGCCCUUAUCUCAUUUGGAAUUCUGGCUAUCUUAGGAGUAACCAUUGGUCUCCUUGUUCACUUUUUGGCAAUUGAAAGGACCCACCAUUACCAAGGUACCUUUCAUGUCUCUGGUGUCUCAGACAGUUAUGCAUGUGGGAAAAGAGCUUCACAGGAAAGCGAAGCUCUGAUUAAAAAAAUAGAGGACCUGAUAUCCGAUACAUUUCAUAAUUCUAGCAUAUCCAGAGAGUAUAUUCGCUCACAAGUCAUCAGUCUAUCUGCUGAGACCAAUGGUGUAAUGGCUAAAAUCUGGCUGGCGUUUAAGUUUGUUCUUGCUAAGAGGAAUUAUAUGAGGAGAAAAAUUGAAAGUAUCUUACAUCAGAUGCUAGAGGACAACAAAAAUUCCUUGACCACCAACCCCUCUUCUCUUAAGAUUAUGGAAAUCAGUGAAGAUGGUGCUGAAAACCUUUUCAUCAACUGUUGUGGGAGACGACCAAGAUUGUUGUCAGAUGACCUAAUCACAGGAAACUACAGAAUUGUAAAUGGAAAGCCUUCUAAAGAAGGAGAAUGGCCAUGGCAAGCCAGUCUAAAAAUGAAUGGUGAACACGUUUGUGGGGCAUCCUUGAUCAGCAAUAAGUGGCUGGUGUCUGCAGCUCAUUGUUUUGCAAUGAAGAAUGACACCAAAAUUUGGACUGUUACUUUUGGAAAUAUGGUAAAUCGUCCCUAUGCGAAACGAAAUGUUAAAACCAUCAUUGUUCAUGAAGAUUAUCAGUCUCAGAUGGUUACUAAUGACAUUGCUUUGGUGCAACUUGCUGAAGAAGUCACUUUCACAAGCAACAUUCGUGCCAUUUGUCUUCCUGAAGCUACACAGAAUAUUUCAGCAGGUGACUUGGCCGUUGUUACAGGAUGGGGAGCACUUUCUAUGGGUGGACCUCGGCCAGUGAUACUUCAACAAACCACUGUGCUAAUCAUUAAUACAGAUACCUGCAAUGCCCCACAUGCAUAUUCUGGAAGGAUUAAAAAUUCCAUGCUUUGUGCAGGAUAUAUGGAUGGAAAAACUGAUGCCUGUCAGAAUGACUCUGGUGGACCAUUAGCUUCACGUACUAGAGGUAUCUGGUACCUCAUUGGAAUAGUGAGCUGGGGAGAUGGAUGUGGUAAAGUCAACAAGCCAGGUGUCUAUACUAAACUGACUUUCUACCGGGACUGGAUUGGUAACAAAACUGGCAUCUAA